AUGAAACUUGUCAACGAUGCUAUUGACGAAAUUGGAUUCACACCUUACCAUUUGAAAUUGUUCUUUCUUAACGGUAUGGGUUAUGCUACUGAUUCACAAUUGGGUUAUAUUGAAAGUUCAGUUAGAACUUAUGUCAAUUAUCAAUUUGGUUAUACAUAUCCAAUUUCUAAUGAAAUGGUAGGUGCUGGUUUAUUGGUAGGUGCCUUAUUUUGGGGGUUCUCUGCCGAUUUAAUUGGUAGAAGAACGGCUUUUAAUUGUUCUUUAUUUUUAUCAGCAGUUCUUAUUAUAUUGAAUGGUGCUAUGGGAACUAUGGCCACUUACUGUAUCUUUAUGUUCCUUUCCAUGUUUGCUACUGGUGGUAAUUUAGUGUUGGAUACAUGUGUAUUUUUGGAAUAUCUACCUCAUAAGGAUCAAUGGUUAUUGACUUUCUUUGCCUUUUUCUGGUCGAUUGGUCAGACUGUUGCUGUUUUAUUGGCUUAUGCAUUCUUACCAAAUUAUUCUUGUUCCUCUGCUGAUGAUUGUCCAUCCCAUGAAAACAGAGGUUGGAGAUAUGUCUUUUAUGUUAAUGGAGCCAUUGUAUUGGUAUUAGCUAUCCUAAGAGUAACUGUAAUUAGAUUACAAGAAACUCCAAAGUUCUUAGUCUCUAAUAAUAGAGAUGAAGAAGCAAUUAAAGUGUUGCAGGGAAUUGCAACAAAAUAUGGUAGAAGUUGUUCAUUGACUAUCGAAGAUUUGAGUCAAUAUGGUGAAAUUGAAUCAAAUGACGAUUAUAGAAAGCAUCGUACUCUUGGUGGUAUCUUUACAUUAAUAAAACAUCAUGUUCAGAUUUUAUUUUCCAACAAAAAGGUUGCAAGAUCUACUUCAUUAGUUUAUCUUUCUUGGUUCCUUUUAGGUAUUUCUUAUCCAUUAUACUCCAACUUUUUGCCUGUCUAUUUAGCUACUAGAGGUAACAAUAUUAGUGCUUCAACUACUUCUGGAGUCUAUCGUGAUAAUGUUGUUGGUAAUAUCUCCUCUAUGGGUGGUCCAAUCAUUGCCGGUGCACUUCUUUAUUUCUUCCCAGUUUUAGGUCGUCGUGGUGUUUUAUGUAUUGGUGGUAUUACAGGAAUGGCCCUUUUAUUUGGAUAUACUGCUGUAAAGAAUCAUACUCAAAAUGUGGCACUUUCUUCAGCCUCUUAUGCUGGUAUUUAUAUCUAUUAUGCAUGUUUAUAUGCCUACACUCCUGAAGUUUUCCCCGCUGCUGCUAGAGCUACUGGUAAUGCCAUUGCUAUUGCUUGUACAAGAGUGGCUGCUUGUAUUGUUCCAGUGAUUGCUUACUAUUCCAAUACAAGUUCAUCAGUACCUAUUUGGAUUUGUGGUGCAUUUGUUGGUAUUAUUGGGCUCUUGGCACUUUUAUUGCCAUUUGAACCUUCAAAACAUCGUGUUGUUUAG